AUGAGCGGCCCCUCCAGCCCGAGCUCCCCCGCGCCCGGGGAGAGCCGUCCCGGGCAGCCCCUCGGGCUGGACCUGCUGCGCUGCCCCUGCUGCCGCCUGCUGCUCUGGGAGCCGGUGACCGCGUCCUGCGGUCACUCCUUCUGCAAGCCGUGCCUCGGCGGGGCCGGGCCGUUCCGCUGCCCGCUGUGCCAGGAGCGGCUGGAGCUGCUGGGCAUCGAGGCGGCGAGGUGCAGCGUGGUGCUGUGCGGGAUCCUGGAGCGAUGCGUGCAGCGGGAGCGGCGGCUGGCCGGGCUGGCGGAGCGCGUCCGGGAGCGCCUCGCCCGCGGGGACGCGCGGCAGGCGCUGAGGAUGGCGCAGAGAGGGGUCGAGCUGGCCCUGGACUCCAGCUCCCUGCGGCUGUGCCGGGCAGAAGCACUGGUAGCACUGGGGCAGUAUCCACAGGCACUGGAGGACCUGGAUGCCGUGUGCAGGGCUGAGCCUGGAGAGCACGAGGCCUUCUUCAGGAAAGGGAAGGUGCUCCUGGAGAUGGGGCAGAGAGCCGAAGCCCUGCUGGCAUGGGAACACUGCCUGACACUCAGUCCCCAUUUCCAGCCAGCUCGGAGAGAGAUGGAGAAGAUCAUCAUGGAAGCUGAUGCUCCUCAGCCAUUUGCAGCUGCACACCUGGGGGAUGCUCAUCUGAGCUCAGCUGGUUCCCAGGUCGAUGGAGGGAGCCCAGUGCUCCCAUCUUCCACACAAGCUCAGGAUCAGGAGGGAGAGCUGGCAGAUUGCCGAGGGGAUGCUGGGUCUGAGCACAGCCAGGACACAGUCACCCUUUUCCAGCCAGGACAACGGCAAGAACCAGAGCCUUGGGCAGAGAGUCAGGGCCACUGGUUGUUGGGUAACAAGGAGGAAAUAGCAGCAGCAAAGUGUACCCAGCCAUGCCUUGGGGAGUCACUGAGCAUAUCUGACUUGGAGUGCUCCCUCUGCAUACGGAUGUUCUUUGAGCCAGUGACAACGCCCUGUGGUCACACCUUCUGCAAGGAGUGCCUUGAACGGUGCCUGGACCACCGGCCCAACUGCCCCCUCUGCAAACAGAGCCUGAGAGAGUACCUGAAGGCUGGGAGGUACAGCCCCACGGUGCUGCUGCAGGACAUCAUGCUGGCCACCUUCCCCACACAGCUGGCUGAGCGCCGGGAGCUGCACCAGGCAGAGAUGGCAGAGCUCUCCAACCUGACCAAGAACAUCCCCAUCUUCGUGUGCACGAUGUCCUUCCCUGGCAUCCCCUGCCCUCUGCACGUCUUCGAGCCUCGGUACCGCCUGAUGAUCCGGCGGUGCCAGGAGAGCGGCACCAGGAAGUUUGGCAUGUGUAUAUAUGAGAAUGGGAAAAGCUUUGCUGACUAUGGCUGCAUGCUGGAGAUCCGUCAGGUGGAGCUGCUGGCCGACGGGAGGUCCUUGGUGGACACCAUUGGCCGGCAGCGGUUCCGGGUGCUGAGCCGCGGCCACAGGGAUGGCUACCACACUGCUGACAUCGAGUACCUGGAGGACAAGAAGGUGUCUGGGGAGGAGCUGCAGGAGCUGCAGUGCCUACAUGAGAGCACCUAUCGCCUGGCCCAGCGGUUCUGUGAGCACGGAGACCUCACCUCCAGACACAUUCUGAUGCAGCAUGGACCACUGCCUGAGAAGGAAGAGGACAUCCAGGCUUCAGCAGAUGGCCCGACGUGGUGCUGGUGGCUCAUCUCCAUCCUGCCCCUGGACCCAUCCUACCAGCUGAACCUGUUCUCCUGCACAUCGCUGCGUGCCCGCCUGUCGCAGCUGCAGCACAUCCUGACAGCGCUGCUGCAGCAACCCCCACCCCGGCACCUCCUGCCCGAGCGCAGCCCCCGCGGCCGCGUCUGA